CCGCCGUACGCUGAGAUGGCGGCCCCCGCGCUUCCGCCGCACCCUGCUUGGCCCCCUUGGCUUCCCGUCGCCGCGUCGCGCUGCGCCCGUCGGAGCGACGCCGCGGCCAGUCGGCGGCCGGACGGGGAAGAUGGACGCAGAUGUGUGUCUUUGAUUUCCACAGCCACUCUUACCUAUGACACGCUCCGGUUUGCUGAGUUUGAGGAUUUUCCUGAGACCUCUGAGCCUGUUUGGAUCCUGGGCAGAAAAUACAGCAUCUUUACAGAGAAGGACGACAUCUUGUCUGAUGUGGCAUCCAGACUGUGGUUUACAUACAGGAGAAACUUCCCAGCCAUUGGGGGAACUGGCCCCACCUCUGACACAGGCUGGGGCUGCAUGCUGCGAUGUGGACAGAUGAUCUUUGCACAGGCCCUGGUGUGCCGGCACUUAGGCCGAGAUUGGAGGUGGGCACAACGGAAGAGGCAGCCUGACAGCUACUUCAGUGUCCUCAAUGCUUUCCUUGACAGGAAGGACAGCUAUUAUUCCAUCCACCAGAUAGCGCAAAUGGGAGUUGGUGAAGGAAAGUCCAUCGGCCAGUGGUAUGGCCCAAACACCGUCGCCCAGGUCCUCAAGAAGCUUGCUGUGUUUGACACGUGGAGCUCCUUGGCUGUUCACAUAGCGAUGGACAAUACCGUGGUGAUGGAGGAGAUCAGGAGGUUGUGCAGGACUGGCCUUCCAUGUGCUGGGGCUGCGGCACUCCCCACUGAUGCUGACCGGCACUGUAAUGGGUUCCCCACUCAAACUGAGGUCACCAACAGGCAGUCACCUUCGCUAUGGCGACCCCUGGUGCUUCUGAUCCCCCUACGCCUGGGGCUUACGGACAUCAACGAGGCCUAUGUAGAAACGCUGAAGCACUGUUUCAUGAUGCCCCAAUCCCUGGGUGUCAUCGGAGGGAAGCCCAACAGUGCCCAUUACUUCAUUGGUUAUGUCGGUGAGGAGCUCAUCUACCUGGACCCUCAUACUACACAGCCAGCAGUGGAGUUGACAGAUGGCUGCUUCAUCCCAGAUGAGACCUUCCACUGCCAGCACCCACCUUGCAGGAUGGGCAUCGGGGAGCUGGACCCAUCCAUCGCUGUGGGUUUUUUCUGUAAGACUGAGGACGACUUUAAUGACUGGUGCCAGCAAGUCAAAAAGCUGUCCCUGCUUGGGGGCGCCCUGCCCAUGUUCGAGCUUGUGGAGCAACAGCCUUCCCACCUGGCCUGUCCUGAUGUCCUGAACCUGUCCCUUGAUUCUUCUGACGUGGAGCGAUUGGAAAGAUUCUUUGACUCAGAAGAUGAAGACUUUGAAAUCUUGUCCCUCUGAGGGUCCUGGGGUUGAAGGGCGGCUUCCAUGGCCCUCACUGAGAACCUAGCCACGCCUCAGGCACUUGGUGCCAGCGUACUGCAUUCCAUCUACCCAGCCUGCCCCUACUGAGCGCCACGCCCAUGCUGCCUCUGAUUGGAGGCCUGUGCUGCCCAGGGGAUGAGGCCUGCACUGCCCUGGACGCCUUAUGCUUGGAGCCAGCCCACCGUGCCCAGGGUGUGCCUCCAGUUACCCGCAGAAAAGAGGUGUUUGGCAGGAAGCUGAGUGUGGCAGGCCUGGAGCUUGCAGAGUUCUCUGCUGCGUCUCCACACUGGCUUCAGCCCUGCUCUCCCAGGUGCCAGGUCUGGUUGGUUUGGAAUUAAAGCCCUGUUUGGAGUUGUUCAACACAGACAUGAGUUUCUGGGCUGCUUCCCAGGUUAGUCUCCGAAGACCUGCAGAUUGGCAGUGUGGAGCAAGGGUUACAUCUUGGCUUUGUGCUAGGCACCUGCUCUGUCCAGCGCAGUUACUAAGGGCUACUCUCUGGAGAGCAGGUGGAGAGUACUCAAGAGUGGGCAUGUGGGAAACCAGGGGCUUUGUGUGCCUGGGCCCAGGUGCAGGUCCUCAAGCCAGCCCUGAGCAUUCCCCACAGGUGCAGCUUCCAUUCUGAGCCGCAGCAUUUGGAGACCCACUGCCUGCUGCUGCUCGCUGUUACACCAGCUCCCCUGAGCGCCUCUCUGCCUGGACACUAAUCGGAUGGAGUGCCCUGAUGCCCACGUUUCCUUUCUCAGAAUUGCUGGGCAGGUUGGGCAGCUGAGUGCCCAGCACUCAUAGUGAAGUAUCCAGACCCUGUCAUUUCAGCAGACACCACCUUCACACCCUAGUUUCCAGGCCCUCAGACCUUGUUCUUCUGGCCUGUGGUCUGUUUAGAACUGGAGCCCCACUCCUGCUAGCAGGCGUAGCAGCGGGUGGGGAACCUAGGGUGGCUACACAGGUGCCCUUAUGCAGCCAGGCAGGACUGGAGGAGCCUGAGGUGGGUGUCUCAGCUAUGGCCACUCACAGCCAGCCCACCGGAGGGUACACCCCAGGCCCCAGGUGUUGAAGAUAUAAGUUAUUUCGUCCCUUUUCUCCUCCCUCCCACCCUCUGUCCUUACCAUGGCUGUGGGAGGAAUGGGCAGCAGGGAGGGCUGGGACCAUUUCUGUUUCUUUGGGUUCUGCUUCCUUCCCUGCCGCUGGUUCUUGAGGAGGGGACAAGUGUUGGAGGAGCUACCCUCUCCGUCUGGAGAAAGCUUCCUAAAAGGAGGUGGUCCAUUCUUAGUAUAGUUCGCAGUUCUUAAUGGCAAAUAACAAGUUUCCAUAGAAAACAAA